AUGAAGGACCUUCCCAUGCACGUAGAUGAAAAAGAAAGAGUACUCCAGGAAGGAAGAUGUCAGAGCGAAGAGAAUUCCAAGGGAAAGAAUAAAGUGGACAUUCGGACCAAGAAAGACACAAUGCUAGAAAAGCUGCCCCCUCCCUCCAUUCCUACGAUAGUUAGAGUGCCCUUCCCAUUUGCGAUGAAGAAGAAGAAGUUGGAUGAGCAAUUCUCCAAAUUUGUCGAUAUUUUUAGGAAGGUGCACAUUAAUAUACCAUUGGUGGAAGCUCUGCAAGAGAUGCCUACGUAUGCAAAGUUCCUAAAAGAUGUGCUCUCCAAGAAGAAGAAGUGGAUUGAUUAUAAGACGGUGAACAUAUCUGAAAACUGUAGUGUGAUAUUUCAAAAGAAUCUAUCUGCCAAGCUUAAAGAUCCUGGGAGUUUCAAUAUCUCAUGCGUCAUUGGAAAUGACAGACAGACAAAGGCACUAAAGAUGAAGAUCAACACUCUCAAGCCGACUACAAUCACACUGCAGAUGGCGGAUAGAUCAGUCACCUAUCCUAAAGGAAUUGUUGAGGAUGUUCUGGUGAAGGUACAUGACUUCAUAUUUCCCGUCGAUUUUGUAGUGUUGGAUAUGGAGGAAGACAUGAAUGUGCCGCUUAUCCUAUGGCGCCCAUUCCUAACAACGGGAAAAGCAUUGAUAGAUAUAGCAAAGGGAGAGCUCACUCUUCGUAUGGGCAACAAACGACACAUUUUGUCUAUCUAUAAUGCUAUGAAGAGUCGUGAAGAUGAGGAACUUGUUAUGAAGAUGGAGUGCAAAGCUGUGCAUGUUGUAGAGGUCCAAAAGACACAAGCAAUUGAGUCCACAUUGGGGGAUUUUUCAUUGCCGCGGUGGAUGUUUGGUUCAUGUGGAGAAUCACUUUCUUUAGAAGAGACUGUACCAAAUUCUAAAGUGAAUGAUAAGAAAACAAAAGCUGCAAAUACACCCAAAGUGGAUGUGACAGUUUAG